UAGACUCAUACAGACUCUCAGACCCUUGAGGCGGAGUACACAGUACAGCGAAGCUGACUUAGCUGACAACGCUUACACGUGGAUCUCCGACGAGUCGACAUUAACUCGUAUCACUACUCUUGUUGAAACUUUAUAAAAAAUACUAUCUAAACGUUUAAUAGAGGAUAUCCUUCGUGGACGCCCGAUUAUUCUCUAACCGACCGAAUUAUCCACAUCUAGUUAGUGGCAUAGUCUCUGACAAUAAUUUAUUGAAUUCGAUUUCAAUAACACGUGCACGCGGCUGAACGACUGGACGCGAGCUUUCAGAGCAGUUUCGCACAUGUGUCUUGCAGGCAGAACAUUUGCUUCGGAUUGAAGAAUAAUUAUUGUCGGAACACGUGAAAUAAAAUGCCUCCAAUACCUUCAAAAACGACCAAACCUAUAAAUUCGAGCGUUAUGGAUGUCGACGAUUUGAUCGUCAAGAGAAUAGGUGGUGGAAGCAUCAUUGAUCAACGACCGUUGUUUUCCAACGAUAGCGAAAUUCUUUAUGUUGUAUGGAAGCAAGUUAUUCGUACUUACAGUACAAACACUGGAGAUUUUGUCAGAGAGUUUGAACCGGCUGAUAACAGAAUUACCGGAAUAGUCCACCAUUCUGAAGAUUUCAAUACGAUCGUCGGAUGCACAGAGACAGGGGAUCUUGUCAACUGGAACAGCCAAAAUGGUCUUGUUUUUAAAAAAUUGAAAUUGAACAUUGAGAAGGACGUCAAGAUCAGCACAUUUCACAUUGUAAAUUACACUAAUCCAUGGGGAAAACCUAUAACUCAAGCCCUCGUAUCUUACGUGACAAAAAAUCGAAACCUCAUAAAUCUAGUACUACUGGAUCUCGAAACCGGUAUAUCAACGAAAUAUGUCACAAAAGAACUCCUCUGCGACGAGUAUCACUUAGAUAUAAUAGGGAACGAUGGAAACAACCUUGUGGCUCUGGUACAAGACGUUGAUCUCCACAUAUUGGAUCCUGGGAGAAACUUAGCCGGAAAAUUGCACAAAAUUGGAUCCCAAGGCAGAAAAUUGACUUGUGUAACGGGACAUCCGGAGGAAGAAUGUGUUGCGACCGGAGAUUCGAGCGGUCGGGUUGUAGUGUGGAAAAAUCUUUUAGCAACAAGACCUUUUCAAGGAGUUUACCAUUGGCAUACUUUGCCAGUGACGGAAAUAGCUUUCAGUAAAUCUGGUGGUCACAUGUACACCGGUGGAAGUGAAUGCGUCCUUGUUAAAUGGACCCUCGCAAAUCCUCAUCACAAAUCGUUCCUCCCUCGAUUACCAGCCCCCAUUAAGCAUUUAACAAUAGCUCCAGAAAAUCGCUACGUUGCUGUUUCAACUCUGGACAAUGGCAUUGUCGUCGUGAAUCCUCAGCAAAAACUUACUGCUUCGAUUCAAAACUUCACUUGGGGCGUCACAACUUCGAGAAAAGACCUUUUCCCUGCUGGAUUAAUCCUGGACCCACGAACCAACAGCCUCGUUCUCAACAGUCGGACAGGUCACGUCCAAUUUUUCGAUACGAACACAAAAAGUCUUUUAUACAAUGUUGACAUCACGGCACAAAAUUUACUGCCUCAAGAACGGAAUGUAAUAUUAGUAAAUACGGAAGUAACGAAGAUAGCAUUGAGUCCUGAUGGCUCGUGGAUGGCAACGGUCGAAGAACGGGACGACAAAGAAUACUUUAUCGAAAUCAGAUUAAAAUUCUGGAAAUUCGAUGCUCAGAAACAAAUAUUUACACUCAACACGUCGAUAGAAUUUCCUCAUGAAGUCGGUGUAAACGCUCUCAAAUUUCAACCGAACUCUCCACUGGACGAUGAUGAUUUAUUCGCUGUAACUGUUGGAAAAGACAAAAAAUUCAAGUUGUGGAAUCUUUUUGAACCAACUUCGAUACACAAGAACACCAAGCACUGGCGAUGUUACAGUAGCGGUACAUAUGGAGAGAAGCCAGCGAUGACUGCAGCUUUUUCAUUCGAUGGUUCAGUGCUCGGUGUGACUUUUAAAACAAGUCUUACCCUUUGGAAUCCUAACACGGUCACACUCAAAAAGACUUUAACUUUCUGUCUUUAUCCACACACAUUAACCCACGUAGAAUUUGGGAAGCACGAAUCCUGUCAUCUAGUCGUUAUAGCUUCGGCGAAACAUUUAGCAGUUUUGGAUCUUUUGACACUGCGUAUGGUGUGGAGCGUUCCUUUGACAUUGACGAAUUUGGUAGCGGAUCCGAUUUCAGAUUAUAUGGCUGCUUUUACUUCAGACAAUUCGCUAUUUGUAUUCACGCCACAAUCGUAUAACCUGGUUUACGAGAAAAAUAAUGUCGUGGACGACGAUAGUUUUAUACUGGGUGCGUGUUUCGUGCCACAUCCUCGAGAAAAACGUGAUUCGACGGUGAAACCCUGGCAAAGAAAAUCUCAGCUGUUUUUCUUGGACUCGAAUCGGGAACUUUUGACAUUGGAAUCGGAGUCUGAAGCGGCGAUGUCCUUCGAGAAUUUAACAGUCAAUGGAAAUUUACCGGGCACGGCGUUCAGCAAUUUGAUAGCUGGGGAAACGUCGCUGCCGGAACGAGCACCGCCUUUCAUACACGAACAGUUGGGUUCGCCAGGAAAAGGACUUCUCGAGAAGCUUUUAAGUGUCCCGGCGCACACUUUACCGCCCUUGGAAACGUUAUUCGUUCCCUUGCUAAUGUCCUUUAGAACUAAGCGUACUGAUGAAAAGUCAGGAAUUCAAGGCGACAAAGUCUCGAGCGAAAUGAAUGGCUCACAGUCUCGUGAUCCGACCAACGACAGCGCUACCGAAAAGGACGACGAUCACGAUGAUAAGGAAUCUUCCCAAUCCACAACUCCAACAGUUAACAAGGAAAUUUCAGAUGAAUGGGCCAAGUAUGAAUACGAAAGACAACAAGAAUUAAGAACUGAUCUCGUCAGCUACGAUUGGAGCUUUUUGGCUUCGCUUUUCCCCGAAUGAAACUACUAUGUGAUUCCUCCGAAUUCUGUAGGAAAAUACAAUUUUAUUUAUUGUUUA